UAUUGAUUCUUACAUUGUUCCCUCCGAUUCUUCCUCCAUGGAAGCUCCGGUUAGGAUCUUCAACUCCUCCAGUCUUCUCAACCAGUUCUUCUUCAGAACUGUCAUCAUGACCGCCGGUCAUGCCUUCAUUUUCCCUCCCAAUUUUCACCAAUCAGUACUGAACCCACGAAUCCAUCGGAACGACGUCGCUUGCAAACAAACUUUCUCGCUCACUGGCGUCCACUCUUCACCCUCUCCCAACACAAACCUAUUUGCCUCCUUCAUUUCUGUCGCUUUCUCGCAUUUUUUCAAUUCGCCCAUAAAACCUGACAAUUUCAUCUCCAUCUCACCGAAAUCCAACCCCACCGACGCCUCUUUCUCCUGGAACCGAGCUCCAGAGUCUGUCAACGGCGCGAAUGUCGGAGUUUUAGAAAAUGAUGAUCCAGUUGUUACAGUGGUGUUGCUGGGUUGGCUCGGUGCACAAAAGAGGCACCUGAGACGGUACGUAGAGUGGUACAAUGCGAGGAAUAUGCACGCGGUUACCUUCGUUGUUGACGCGAAGGAUUUGUUAGGGUUUGAUUUGGAAAAAAAAGUGGAGAGGCGGAUCACUGAGUUGGCGAACGAGCUUACUUCGUGGGUAUCGGAGAGGGAGGACGAUGGAAGAGAGCGAUGCUUGGUUUUCCACUGUUUCAGCAACAUGGGUUGGCUUGCGUAUGGUUAUAUUCUUGAUAUUCUACACAGAGAGGGAUUGGUGGAGAAGAUUAAAGGAUUCAUUUGUGAUUCGGGAGGAGGGGAUCCCUUGAAUCCAAAGGUUUGGGCUGGUGGUUUCUCUGCUGCUAUACUCAAGGAACGCAGCUCUUUAGGAAAACCCAUGGUUCAAACCCCAGAAAUGAAUGGAUCAGAUAGUCAAGUGCAAGAGGAACCUCCAGUAAUAGAAACCGUGUUACUGUCAAUGUUAGAGAAGCUAUUCUCUGUAGUUCUAAAGUUGCCUGAGGUGGAUCAGAAGCUGACAAAGAUCGUUUCCAUCCUUUCGAAGAACCAGCCUUCUUGUCCACAACUCUACUUGUAUAGCUCCGGUGACAGGGUUAUUCCAUUUUGGUCAAUCGAGUCACUUGUUGAGGAGCAAAGAAAGAUGGGGAAGAAGGUAUUUUCCUUCAACUUCAAGUCAUCCCCCCAUGUGGAUCACUAUCGGACUUUCCCUGACGCUUAUUCCUCACAGCUUCAUAACUUCUUGAAAGAGUGUUUUGCGACUGUUAAGGUAACCUCAAACCAAUGAACGAAGAAUCGUCUCGUUCAGCAGUCAUUUGAUUUCUCACUUAUGAGUUGGGAAUAUAAAUAAGUACCCUUUUAUUGCACACAAGACUAGUCGACUAGACCACCUCUGUGUUUUCUUCGCAGUUCGCAUAGUUGGAUGGCCUCGCGCUCGGUAAAGUUAAUAUGGAAUUGAUUUGUAAGUUUAUUGCCGAGGGCUAGGAUUGUAUCGAAUUGAUCUUGUAGCGUAUUUGUUCUCAGAAUCGUCGCUAGAAAGGGUAAGAAAUGCUGUCAAUUCAAUAUGUAACAACUUCUUUCCUACUGGGCUUCGUAUUAGUCUAUGAAAGUUGGCGGAGCA